CGUUAGCCAGUCGGUUGUUGCUGAAUAGUAAAUUUAUGCAAUUGUUUUUCUUGCUGAUUCGUGAAAUAAUAGUGUCUGCAAAAAUCAGCAGGACUUAAAUCCUAAAAUAUAUUCGAAGGGGACAUUUUCUGUCUGGUUACAAACAUACGGGAAGACCACAAAGUUCAAACACUAGUUAGAAGUCACUAGCAGCUGUUUUGAAAGGAAUAAACGGAAAGUCCCUGAGAGGCGAAACUCCGACACUUUUCACUGGUUGUGAAGGUUGUUAAUGUCAGCUAUGACGUCAUUUGAACAUGUGAAAGCAGUGAUAUCAUCAGCUCAUAAAUGCACCACUUCUGAAGAAAAGGUGAACUUCUACAACACGUGGGCGAAUAACUAUGACCAGGAUGUGGCAGUUCUGGACUACCGUGCACCUAGUCUGGCAACAAACAGCAUUUUGUCCCAGUACAGCGGUAGACGGGAAGCAGCUGCUGUGUUCGAUGUGGCCUGUGGUACAGGACUCGUGGCCAAGCAGAUGAAAAAACAUGGAUUUGCACGUUUUGUGGGUGUUGAUGGAAGCCAGGCUAUGCUUGAUGUAGCCAGAGAGAGCGGGUUGUACCAGGACUUGCAGCAGUUCCUGCUGGGGGAGGAACCACUCCCUGCACACUGGGAGUGUGUGUUUGAUGUGGUUGUGAUCGUGGGAGCACUGAGUGUUGGCCAGGUCCCUGUUGGUGUGGCCAGAGACUUGUGCAAGGCCUCCAAAUCAGGUGGACUCAUUUGCAUGACAACCAGAAGUAACUGUGGCAAUUUGGAAUACAAAGCUGCCCUUGAAAGCGAGCUGAGGAAGAUGGAGGAAGAGGGGCUCUGGACGUGUGUAGAGGUGACGGAAGUGGACGAAUGGGAGAGGGGUGUGUCGGCGCAGGAGGAAGGCUACAUAUCUGGGGCAGUCUACCUCUAUAAAAGACUAUAACCUGCUAUACAACAGCCUAAUAAUGUGAUAAAUCUCCAAAACAGCACUAUUUAAGAUGAAAUAUUUGAAUAAUUAUCCAUAACAUUCAAAAAGUGAGGAUUUCUUUAAUCAUCCGAGUGUCAAAUUAAGAUGACAUACUUUCACAAAUGAUUUUAAAUAUUUUAAAUGUUUGUGAUUUUAUUUCAACAUGUUGGAGUAAACUGUUUUAUCUUAGGGGAGUGGUAGUCCUCCUCAGCCAUCCUCUAUUAAGUCCACUUUGGAUCGGACGGGAACAAAUGGUACCAUCUGACACUGAUGUACCACCUUGAACAGCCUCCACCUCUUUUGAAGGUUUUCCCGGGCUUUUUGGUUACUGUUCGUGUUAUCCGUCUCUUGAGUUAAGCCAUCAGUUUUCGUCUCAUGGCCAUUUCCAGGGAAGUUGACCACAGAAUCAUGGACACUAAACCUCCUUAUGAAAUUUACAACUGUAUUCAUAGAAACAUCAAGAAGCUUGGAGAUGGUCUUGUAACCCCUUUCCUUUAACCUGCUUCUCUGGACGUUUCUCUCUGAUACUCCUUUUUUUCGGUCACUGUUCAGUGUGAUGAUACCAAAUGGAAAAGUAACAACUUUACCCUUUAAAAACUCGACCGACCGAGUGUGAGAUUGAAGACACUUGUGAUGCUGACUACAGAACACACUUUAGUUUAACAUGUUGCUGUGGUCAAAUUAUUUUCAAUCUUUUCUGGGACCACCAACUAAUUUGUCAAGGCCAGUUUAAUUCGGGUUUUUUUUUAAAUGCUGUUGAACCACAAUUCAAAAGCAGUGUCUGAUUGUAGUUUGUGUAUUUUCAGUAAAUGAUUAAGUAUUACUUUUGACAGUUUUCAUUAUUUUAGUAACCUUUUUUUGGAUUUUUUUUUUCUUUUAUCAAAUAAAGAAAAUCCCAGAUUUGUGCAUGAGAAUAAGGUUACAUUGUAAACAUUAGUUUGCUGCUUUUAGGGUGCACAAUGUUUAUAUGUCUUAAGAUUGAGGAGCACUGUAAACAGAUUAAGACCUCUACAUGUAUGUAGUGUCUCAUGUUUGUGGAGUAAAAUUCAAUGAUGUAAAUGCACGGACAUAAGAGUCUCAUUAUAAAGACGUAAAAUCAAGCGGUCUAUCUCUCCAGCGAAAUGUGUUCUCCAGUGCAGAUAUUUGGGCUUAAAUGGCCACCUUCUAAAAGACUGAGACAACACAUUUCUGUAGUGGUCUAGGGCUGAAAAUCUUAAAUU